GCGCCCGGGCUCCGCUGGGUCUCCUCCCGGAAGGAGCCAGAGCCAGGACGAUGCAGGCGGGAGCUUCUCGGUAGCUCUUGCAGGGCAGCAGGAGGAGCGCAGCGGGGCUCGUGGGGUGAUGUUGGCCGUCGGGCCAUGCUGCUGAAGCUCCUGCAGAGACAGACCUAUACCUGCCUCUCGCACAGGUAUGGGCCCUGCCUCUGCCUCGGGGGCCUCGUCCUCGUGGUCGUCUCCGCCCUGCAGUUCGGAGAGGUCGUUCUAGAGUGGAGUCAGGACCAGUACCAUGUUUUGUUUGACUCUUACAGAGAUAACGUUGCUGGGAAAUCCUUUCAAAACAGACUUUGUUUGCCUAUGCCCAUUGAUGUGGUCUACACCUGGGUGAAUGGCACAGAUGUUGAGCUGAUCAGGGAACUGCAACAGGUGAGGAAACAGAUGGAGGAAGAACAAAGAAUAAUGAGGGAAAUUCUUGGAAAGAAUGUAACGGAACCAACUAAGAAAAGUGAGAAGCAGCUGGAGUGUUUACUGACACACUGCAUCAAAGUGCCAAUGCUUGUCUUGGAUCCUGCCUUGCUGAGCAACAUCACUCUCAAAGACCUGCCAUCUGUCUAUCCCCUGUUGCGAUCUGCCAACAAUCUUUUCUCUGUUGCAAAGCCAAAAAAUCCAUCUACCAAUGUUACUGUUGUUGUUUUCGACAGUUCUAAAGAAGCUGAAGAUGCUCAUUCUCAGAUGUUAAAGGAGAACAGGGGGCAAGCAGUGUGGAGAGGUUAUUUGACCACAGACAAAGAAGUUCCUGGUUUAGUGAUAAUGCCAGAUUUGGUUUUCCUCAAAGGAUUUCCACUUACAUUCAAAGAGACAAAUCAACUGAGAACAAAAUUACCUGAAAACCUCGCUUCCAAGAUAAAACAGUUACAGCUUUAUUCGGAAGCUGGCGUAGCUCUCUUGCAUCUGAAUAACCCGAAGGGUUUCCAAGAACUGAACCAGCAAGCUAAGAAGAACAUGACUAUAGAAGGAAAAGAACUGACACUUAAUCCUGCUUAUUUAUUAUGGGAUCUCAGUUCCAUCAGCCAGUCAAAACAGGAUGAAGACAUUUCAGCCAGCCGUUUUGAAGAUAAUGAGGAGCUGCGGUAUUCAUUGCGGUCAAUAGAGAGGCAUGCACCGUGGGUGCGUCAUAUCUUCAUAGUCACUAAUGGACAGAUACCUUCCUGGCUUAAUUUGGAUAAUCCUCGAUUAACUAUAGUAACACAUCAGGAUAUAUUUCAGAAUUUGAGUCAUCUGCCUACCUUUAGUUCCCCUGCCAUUGAAAGCCACAUUCACCGCAUUGCAGGUCUGUCUCAGAAGUUCAUUUAUUUAAAUGAUGAUGUGAUGUUUGGGAAGGAUGUUUGGCCUGAUGAUUUCUAUAGUCACUCCAAAGGUCAAAAGGUUUAUUUGACCUGGCCUGUGCCAAACUGUGCUGAAGGAUGUCCUGGUUCAUGGAUUAAAGAUGGUUAUUGUGAUAAAGCCUGUAACAAUUCUGCUUGUGAUUGGGAUGGUGGUGACUGCACUGGUAAUAAUGUUGGGAGCCGUUAUGGUGGUGGUGGUGGAGCUGGAGUAGGUGUUGGAAAUGUUCCACCUUGGCAGUUUGGUGCAGGGAUAAGUGGAGUUUCUUACUGUAACCAAGGCUGUGCUAAUUCAUGGCUGGCUGAUAAAUUCUGUGACCAGGCGUGUAAUGUUCUUUCUUGUGGAUUUGAUGCCGGUGACUGUGGACAAGAUCACUUUGAUGAGCUUUACAAAGUGACUCUUCAGAAGAAUCAGACACAUUAUGUUAUUCCGAAAGGUGAAUAUCUACCUUAUUUCAGCUUUGCUGAAAUAGCCAAGAAAGGACUAGAAGGCACAUAUAGUGAUAACCAGAUAAUCCGCCAUGCUUCUAUUGCAAACAAAUGGAAGACAAUCCACCUGAUAAUGCACAGUGGAAUGAAUGCAACUGUGAUCUAUUUUAACCUUACAUUUCAAAAUAAAGACGAGGAAGAGUUUAAGAUGCAGAUAACCCUAGAUGUUGAUACAAGAGAGGAACCAAAAACAAAUAUAACUUCCACCCAGAAACCUGAGGAUGAUGUGAAAGCUACAACUUCAGUGCCAGAGGCUGAAAUGAUAUUUGAGGAUGUUCCUGAAGAAAAACGUUUUCCAAGAAUUAAAAAACAUCCAAAUGGCACAUCAGAGAGCCUAGAUGAAGAUAUCAUAACUCAACUAGUUAAUAUGUCUGUACUUCCAGAAGACGUGAAGCUAGCUCUGCAGGAUCUGGAGUUGCAGCUGAUAGUUGGUGACAUUACCCAGAAAGGCUACAAUCGAUCUAAGGCUACUCUUCUGAGGCCCUUCCAGAUGAUGUAUGCAGCAACAAAGGAAGCAAGAAGCAAUUCGCAGAAGAUACAAGAAAAGGAAAUAGAUGAUGGCUUGAUAAAUGGGAAUAAGUCUGAAAUUGGGCAUAAUGACAAUAAUGGCAAAUCAGAGAUUGAAGAAAAAAUGCAGAGAAAUUUUCCAUCAGAAUUUGUACCUGCAAAUAGUACUAUUAUGGCAAUGAAGGUGAACAGUCAUUUUCCACUACGAUACAGCUCCGCAAUAAAAUCUGACCCAGAGAAAACCUUGAAUACCCUCAUACAGAAAGAAGCUCAGAAGUCCAAAGACAUUAGGAAAGGGAGAACUGCAGAAAAAAAGAGAGAAGAAGCUAAAGUUAAUCCAGGACUAGCCAAAGAAGAUGUAGCAGAAAGUAAUGUCUUACCAAGAAGGAAAUUGCAGUAUUACGCUGGAAAUUAUCAAGGCUUUUUGCCAUGGGAGAAACAUAAAUAUUUCCAAGACCUUCUUGAGGAAGAAGAAGCAUUAAAGAAGGAGAUGGCUUACUUUACAGAUAGUAAACAGAUUGGCAGGCAGCUGAAGGACACAUUUGCUGAUUCUCUGCGAUAUGUAAACAAGCUUUUGAACAGCAAAUUUGGAUUCACAUCUCGGAAAGUCCCUGCUCAUAUGCCUCAUAUGAUUGAUCGAAAAGUCAUGCAAGAAUUACAAGAUCUUUUUCCUGAGGAAUUUGAUAAGACCUCAUUUCACAAAGUACGCCACUCUGAAGAUAUGCAAUUUGCCUUUUCAUAUUUCUAUUAUCUCAUGAGUGCUGUUCAGCCACUGAAUAUCUCCCAGGUUUUUGAUGAAGUUGAUACAGAUAAAUCUGGUAUUUUAUCUGAUCGAGAGAUCCGCACACUGGCCACAAGAAUUCAUGAACUCCCUUUAAGUUUGCAGGAUUUGACAGGUCUGGAGCACAUGCUAAUAAAUUGUUCUAAAUCCCUUCCAGUCAAUAUCACUCAGAUUAAUAUUAUACCACCAACUCAGGAAGCAUAUUAUGAUCCCAAUCUGCCUCCAGUGACUAAAAAUCUGCUAACCAACUGCAAACUCGUAACUGAUAGAAUUCGUAAAACAUAUAAGGACAAAAACAAGUACAGGUUUGAAAUUAUGGGAGAGGAGGAAGUUGCCUUCAAAAUGAUCCGUACUAAUGUUUCUCAUGUAGUUGGACAGCUUGAUGACAUAAGGAAAAAUCCCAGAAAAUUUGUUUGUCUUAAUGACAACAUUGAUCACAAUCACAAGGAUGCUCAAACAGUAAAAGCAGUGCUUAGGGAUUUUUAUGAAUCGAUGUUUCCCAUCCCAUCUCAGUUUGAGCUGCCAAGGGAGUAUCGGAAUCGGUUUCUUCACACACAGGAACUUCAGGAAUGGAGGGCCUACAGGGACAAGCUGAAGUUCUGGACACACUGUGUGUUAGUGACAUUGAUUGUGUUCACCAUCACCUCAUUUUUUGCUGAGCAGCUAAUAGUCCUCAAGCGAAAGAUUUUUCCAAGGAGGAGGAUCCAAAAGGAAGUUUGUCAUGAACGAAUGAAGGUGUAGAAGAAUUUUGUUUGUAAAUCAGUCUACCUCAACAUGUGAUGAGCAUGUGAAAUCUUUUGUUUCAAAAGUGUCUUGAUCGUUUUGUCCUGGGCAAGAACAGAAGUGCCCUCACCCAUUUAUGACCAUGCUACUGAACUCAGAAAGAGGAUAAAGGUUGUAACUCAUAAGCAUUCUCUCCUGAGUGAAUUAUCCUUUUUAUAAAAAGGGUUACUGAAUGAAACAUAGCUGCAUUUAUUGCAGUAGCCAUUGCCAGCUAAAUAAAUAUACUUCUAUUAGUUGUGUCCCUGCAUCUCAAAGCAUUUGGUGAGCUAGUGUUCGUUUAAUCAGUAGCUUGAUCCUUAUACCCUGUUCUUUGAGUAGUAAACACAUCUGUUUGGGCUAUAUUCCUGCAUCCUGAAUAUAUGGAUGUGGACCAGCUCCCAUAGCACUGCAUUAUGAGUAUCCUCUCCAUUAGUUGAGGUAUAUCACUGUUGUGCCAUUUGUUCCCCAUUGCAGCCAGUCAAUACAGGGGUGGGGAGGAGCUGAAUAAGAGUUAGCUUUCAGUUGCUUCUAGGAAAAUACAAGUAACCCUACUAUUGACAUGAAUUGCCUGACAGCAUUUGGGAAUAGUAGCAGCUUCAUAUGAUAGGUGUGAUAGCUCUAAUGUUGCAGUGCUGUGGAUCCUACUUUUAAGCACAAAGUGGCAGGAUUGUGACCUGUGGUGUUUUUCCAUUUAAGUACCAGCUGGACCUCUAGUACCUAUAAUUUAAGUAUAGUGUCAAAUCAAUUAUAGAAUGGUCUCUGAAUGAAGAAUUGAAAUUACAACACCCUAUUGCUAUAUUCUUCUGCUACUACAUACUGCAUAAAGCAAUUUGAUUCUAGUCUCUGAUGCCAAUGUAAUGCCUUUUGUUGAUCAAUAUUUAAAUAAUAGUGCAGUAAUAAUAGUAUGCCUAAUGUAAAACAGGGCUAUAAUCAAGUGAAAGGGGCUGGGGUAAUUAUUAAUUUUUAAAAAUAUUGUAUAUUGCGCAGCAAAAGUGCCUCGCCAGAAGUUGUCAAUACAUUGUAUUGUUUUAAUGGCAUAAAUGUAUUAGCAUGAUAUAGAGUAAUUUCUCAUAUCAAGCAUUGCAUUUCAAAAACUGGGAUGAGGUGCAAUGAUCUCCCCAAUUUUAUCAAGAUACAUCACAAAGCAGUAAAAGGGGGAAAAAUUCCAGGAGAUGCUUUUGAAAGAAAUCAUGUUAACAAGCUGAAAAUUAUUUUAUAAUGAAGAUAUGAGGUUUCCAGUACACAUGUGCAGUAAAAUAUAUGCUUUCUUUUCAUUGAUGUUAUUGGUAUAUAAUGUAAUUGACUUAAGAAUGUUAUACUAUGUGAGUGUCAAAAGGAGAAAAAUAUCAGCUGUUUAAUGCUCUCAAAAUUAUUAAAUAUUUUUAAAUAGAAAAUGCACCUUAUUCUUUAUUCAGUGCAUAUGUCUGAUUUUAAAUGAAAUAAAUCUAAUUCAACCUCUUUAA